CCGUGACCCCAUGACCCCUGCCUCGAACAUAACAAACAUGGCAGUCUCCCUACAGGUAUCUACUGGCUGUGGUCUCGAACUUCUCUACACCAGCGUGAAAAAUCAGAUUAGAUCGCAAUAUGAUGCCCUUGUUUGUUGUUUGCACUGGAAUAUGGUGCACAGUGGAUUCAAAUGUGUUGGUUUGGGAGAAGAGGCAAGUGGCCAAAAGAGUGAGCUUCUUCCUAGUGCGUGGAAUGAGGGAACUUGUGAUGUUUACACGCUAAGGUAUCAACCAAUUGAAGGAACUGACUUCUACCUGCUGAAGGUCAUACGAAUGGACGACACAUUGCUAGUCCAUCUUCUGAGAGAAAAAGAUGAGAGAGUAUCCAAUCUGUCAUUGGAAACAUCGGAAUAUGUGGAAGUGGACAACUUGGGAGAUUUUAACAGAAUGUUUAAGAAUAUUGACAAACUUCAGCAAGAAUUCAAAUCAGAACUGAUGGACAAACUGAAAGAAACAAACUCUACAUCUCGCCAGAGCCCCAGAGACACACCAUCGCAGCAGAGCACAAGGAGUCAGGAGGAUGACACAGAUCCCCUCAGAAUACCAAGGAGACAACCUAAUCAAGAUGGCAGACCAGAUUGGGGACAACCAAGAAAUCCUUUCGUUGUUGGUGAGGGUGAUUUGGAUCCAUUUAGCAGAGCUCCACCUGGUAUGUUGAUGGAUCCUACAAGGUCAGGCUUUCCCCAGCCAGGUUACCCUGGAGGGUAUAGGGGAGGACUUGGAAUGCCUGGAAGAUUACCGAGGGGUGCAGUUCCUCCGGGUGCUAGGUUUGAUCCCGUUGGUCCACCAAACCCAGACGGGGGUCUUCCCAAUCCGCAGGGGAGAUACCGCGGCGAACCAGACCCUGACCAUGAGCCCCCACCAGGAUUUGAUGACAUGUUCAUGUGAACCAUGCUGAUCUCCUUUCUGGUUAAGAAAAAUGUCAUAGCAUGUCUGCAUGAAAAAGUUUGAUGAGUCAUAUUUCAGCGUUACUGUUCUUUUUCCAGAGGGAUCUUAGGUCCUCCUUGACUUUAUAAUAUUACUAGGAUGAAAAUUGAGAUAUUUUCAGUGAUUUGACCAAGGUGAUCAGACUGUUUUUCAUUCUUUAACAUUUGGUAACAUGCUGCUUCGUUUCAUUUGACAUCCUAAUGAAACACAUCAACAUGUUCUAAUAAUAAAUCAUCACGGGGCAUGAGUGAAACCAACAUGUAAUAAAGUGCUAUGAGUCUGAUGUCCAACACACCAUAAGGCCAACAUCAUGCAUUAGGUGUGUGAUAUUUUGUACGAGCUUUCAAACAAUUUUUGGAUAUUAACUUAUCGAAAUGUCACUGCAACACAAUUGUAUAAUUGUUUGAAGAGGCUCUGUCUUGGAUACAAUCUUUGACAGGACCGAUCCUCAAGUUAUGAAUCUGCAGAAAAAAUGUGGAUAGAAUGCACUGCAGACCAUCAAAAUAAUUUUUAUAAUAACGUUUAUUUUCCUCUCAACUUGGCAAAUAGGCACUGCUUUUGAAUUCGUAGGACCCUGAGCAUACAGUUCUUGAUAUUUCCUCAUGAGAGAUGAAAUAAACUGAUUAGACUCAGAAUUGUGCAAUACAUAGGAUGGGAAACAUGUAUGACUAGGGGUGUAACGGUUCACCGAUGCAUCGAUAAUCGCGAUUCUAAAAUGUGAAUCGCGAUAUUGACAAAAUGUGCAGUAAGUAGAAAAUAAAAUUAGGCCUUAAAAAGUUGAAAUGUAUAGCUUUAUAUUUGUAAUGUCGCCUUUACUGAUUACUCUUGCAAGAAAUAGUUUGGUUGGGUUUAAGCAUCACUGAUAACUCGCCGAACGUACAUGUACAUGACGUAUCUGGCAGUAGAAAACAAAAGUGACAGUCGGGCAUGUAUCGUGGAUGUAACGGCGCGGCCAAACUUUCACACCGAUCUCGGUGUCAUGAGAAAAUUGGAUGCAUAUCGGACUUUAUCCUGUCGUUUGUUAAACCAAAAAGGUUUUCCUUCCUUGCGUAAGCGCCGAUUUUUUUACGCGGUAGUAUCUUCUGAAGCUCUGUUAUGCGCACUACUAGACUGAUUCUACAUGUACAGCAUACAUGUACAUGUACAGUACAUGUGCAUGUUUAUAUGCGCGUACGUGCGCACGUGUAUACACGUACUACAUACUGGACUCGAAGCGCGAGCGCAAGCCUUCUUGGGACCAUCGGUGAUUGUGUUGUGAUUGGCUGUCCACAAAACAUCAAUAUUCAUACAUGUGUCAGUGAGACUUAUUUCAGCCGUUCAUGUGUGAGUGCAAGUAGUGACUAACAAUCUCCGCUGUUACUUGCAGUAGCACGCAUUUCACUGUGAAUUUACGACUUGAAAUAAGAUAAGUACAUUCUCGCUUUCGGCGAUGGAGAGUUUCGUGACGACUGGCGCCGGCGGGAUGCGCAAAGUUAUAUGUGUAUGACGUUUUGUACGAGCUUUCAAACAACGUUUGGAUAUUAACUUAGCGAAAUUUCACUGCAACACAAAUGUAUAAUUGUUUGAAGAGGCUCUGACUUGUAUACAAUCUUUGACAGGACCGAUCCUCAAGUUAUGAAUCCGCAGAAAAAAAAAGUGGAUGAAAUACACCGCAGACCAUCAAAAUAACUUUUCAAUUAAGAAAAAUUCUGAGCCUGAACUUUUUGACCCAAAAACUUUCGAUGAAACAAGAUACUACCCACCUACCCAACCUAUUUUUUUUCAACGUAAUAGGAAGCAUUGCUAUUAUUUUGGUUGGCCUAAUAUUAAUAAACCAGAAACACUUGGAGAAAUAAAUGCAGUUCUAUGUUU